GUAAUUCAAGUUGUCUUGCUAUUUUGUUGUAUUAACAAAAAUUAUUUACAUAUUGUUGUGUUUAAUUAAUUUCAACACUUACAGUGGUGUGUUUAAGAGUUUAUUCCAUCCAUGUCAUCGUCAUGAAACCGAAACACAUCCAAAACAAAACCAACAAACCACCAAAAUGCAACCUUAAGAAAAAGCCUAAACUUCAAACCAAAACCACAAAUCCAAAAAUAGCAGAACAAUUCGAAAAAAUAAAACAAGUCCGCCUGAAACUAACCCAACAACUACAAUCCGAACUUAAAACUUGUGACAUCAAAAAACAAAUCAUAACCAAACAACAGGAACGCUUGUUUCCUAAAUCACCACCUGCCAUUGUCAAAAAAACUGUAGAAAUCCCUAUAAAGGAAUUACAAAACGCUUUGAAUGAUUUGAACAAAGGCGAAAUGGAUAAUCCUUAUGUGGCCAACAAGUGUAAAAGGAGUAUCGUAGAUUUAGUUAACAGCAACCAAAAUUCUGAGUACUCUUCUUGCUCGUAUACAAACUUGUGUUACGAGAUACACAAGUGUAUUCUUAAUCACGAUUGGAAGAGCUUGACGGCAUGCUUUUUGUUGCUGCUUGAUGGACCUGUUUCUUUGCGACAAGUCAUAUGGAAGGUGGCGAUGGUAAUUCUUUUCCAUAACCCAUACGUAAAAAACUCAGGCAUAAUGGAAGACUUUUUAAAAAUGUGUGCUUGCUGCCAAACCGAGGCUGAGAUGGAAGAGUUUCUGCAAAAGAUUCUAGUACUGCCGGAUAAACUUUCACACCUUGCAAAACCCACAUUUAAGUCUAAAGCUAAAGACGACAAGGUGGUUGGAGAGUGA